GCUGAAAUUCCCAGCCCAUGAGACACGCUUCAAUCCACACCAACUUAUACGAUCAGAGAAUUGAGUCACGCAAUGGCCAACUUCUUCGAUCUCAAGGCCCGCAAGGCCGCGGCAAGCGCUGGUGCAUCAUCAAAAGGAACGCAGAAAGCAGACCGAAGCUCACUCCAGCCAUGGGUCGAGAAAUACCGUCCUAAAUCCCUCUCCGAAGUCACCGCCCAAGACCACACCAUCUCCGUCCUCCAACGCACCAUGCAAGCCUCAAACCUCCCGCACAUGCUCUUCUACGGGCCCCCGGGCACCGGCAAGACCUCCACAAUCCUCGCCCUCGCCAAGCAGCUCUACGGGCCCGAGCUGUUCCGCUCCCGCGUCCUCGAGCUCAACGCCUCCGACGAGCGUGGCAUCGCCAUCGUCCGCGAGAAGGUCAAGGACUUCGCCCGCCAGCAGCUGUCGAACCCGCCCUCCGGGCCAGCAGGGGUGGAGUAUCGGAAGCGGUAUCCCUGUCCGCCGUUUAAGAUCAUCGUGCUGGACGAGGCAGAUAGCAUGACGCAGGACGCGCAGAGUGCACUGCGGAGGACGAUGGAGACGUAUAGCAAGAUCACGCGGUUCUGUCUGGUGUGCAACUACGUCACGAGGAUCAUCGAUCCGCUGGCGAGUCGGUGUAGCAAGUUCCGGUUUAAGAGCCUCGAUCAUAAGAAUGCGAGUCAGCGGCUGAAAGACAUUGCGGGGACCGAGGGCAUCAGGGUGGGUGAUGGGGCCGUCGAUGCAUUGGUCAAGUGCAGUGAGGGCGACCUACGACGAGCGAUCACGUAUCUCCAGAGCGCCGCACGUCUCGUGGUGCCGACGAAACAAGCCGCAAAAGGGGAGGAUGAGAUGGACAUCGACGAUGCCGAGGGGUCGCAGCUGGUCACGGUGACGAUCGUUGAAGAAAUCGCCGGAAUCAUUCCGGGGCAGACGAUCGAGAGUCUGCUAAACGCCAUGCGACCCAUGCCCAAAAAACAGGCGUACGACUCCAUCGCGACGGUGGUGCAAGAUCUGAUUUCGGACGGGUGGAGCGCGUCGCAGCUGUUAAAUCAGAUGUACGAGAAGGUGCUCUUCGACGAGCGGAUCGCGGACAUACAGAAGCAGACCAUCGCGAUCGUCUUCUCCGAGACGGACAAGCGGCUCGUCGACGGGGCGGACGAACAUCUCGAAGUGCUCGAUCUGGCGUUGAAGGUGUCCGAGUGCAUGGCAUGAGGAGUCCAUGAAGCAUACAUGACCGUCACGAAAUGAAUGGGAUGCACGGCGUUUCAACAUUUCAUUAUCAUCUGCCGAAGUCCAGGUUGUGAUGAAUCUUGCCAACUAUCCAGGCUGACCUUCCUCUACACAAGACCCCUCGUUAUUGCCUUGCGGACGCAUUCGCAUGCUAUGUAUACUGCGCUCGAACGGACCGGAACGAUCUAAGUAUGGGUUUGGGCCAAGAUGUGGUCGACCGAUCGGUCGGUAUCGUCAAUCUAUUUCAAG